UCAAACUCGGCAUCAGGUGGUGGACAGUUACUGCAUGAUGGAUAACAGAAGCAGAGCACAUGAUGUGAAAAGCGCACUUCAGCGGGCAAAACACAAAAUAUCAACCUUGGAACGUGAACUUUCUGUUAAGGAGAGCUGCUCAGAGAGUGAAGAGGAGCAUCAUCCCCUGAAAUGGGCGCACAAGACAGAACUAAAGGACUCCCUUGUUGACAUGUACAGAGCUAAUCCUAAAGUCAAUGAGGAACUGAAACAGAGGCUGCCCUCCCCGAUCAGGACCCAGGGUGUGGAGACCACAUCACAACUCGGCCUGCCUAAGUCCCUCUCCAUCCCAGACCUAUCUCAAACGGCUUCAGACGUGUUCUAUAAAGACCUGCCACAGGUACCUCCUCCACCACCCCCACCCAAGCCUCCAAAGCCUCCAGCCAGAGUCUCCUCCUCUCCCCUGCUGCUCAGGGACCGCUCCCCAGACUCCCUCAGAAGCAUGGACCUGGACAGGGCCUCCUCCUCUCCCCGCGUCCGCACCCCAGAGACCCCCCUGCCCCCCAGCCCAGGGGGCCGCAGUGGGAGCCGCAGUGGGAGCCCCCUCCACAGACACCCCCUUUCUGUGCUGGAGGUGCCCAGUGCACCCCCUCCACACAGGGGUUCCCCGGAGCGUUCGUCAGGCGGCAAAGUUGGUGGUUCAGGCGAUGCAGGACGAAAUGUCCCAGUCCUGGACAAAGAAAAGAACAUCUCCUUCCUCCUGAAAGAGCUGGAUUCACUACGAGACCUCAAUAAAAAGCUCCAGGACAAGCUGGCCCUGAGAGAGAAGGAGCUGGAGACCAAGCUGUUGGAUGCUGAGCUGGUGGAGAGCCAGAUGGAGGCCCUGGCCUGUGAGCGCGCUGGAGCUCUGGUGGAGGAGAUCUACAAGGCCCAGAGGGAGCGUGACCAGGCCGUGAUGGCGCGCCUCAGGCUGGCCAAUGAGGAGCGCGAUGAGGCCCUACUCCGCGCCAAGAAGCUCCAGCAGGCCGCUAUCGAGUUGGAGAGUAUUAACCCAGAAGAAAGUGAUAUGGACCUGGAAGAGCUGCUUAAUCGAGUGAAUAACGCAGACUCAGCUCUGAGCAUCGAGCGUAACGGGGCGGCCAUUUUGGAACGGCUACAGAUGGCGAAGGAGCGGAGGGCAAAGAUCACAUCGGAGGAGAUGAGGACGGUGAUGGAGGAGAGGGACGCCGCCUUUGCCAGGUGCAAGCGGCUGGAGCAGGAUCUUCUUCAUGCACGAGAGCAGAGCCAGACCUCAGCAAACAACGCCACCCGACACCUGCCCACCGAAAACAAUCAGGAGCGCGUCCGCAAAGAGGAGUUGGAAGCGGUGCGUAGGGAGAGAGAUAAAGCAUUGGAGCUGUGCCAGAGACUAGAGGAGGAACUGCAGUCACUCCGCCUCCUACACAGUGAACAGCUUAUUGAGGCGGAGGAGGCGGCUGUGAGGGAGCAGGGCUCUCCCGACACACAGGAGGGCAAGAAUCAGAACCAGGCUCUCCUGACCCGCAUGCAGCUGCUGGCCAGCGAGCACCAGAACCUCCAGAGCCAGCUCAGGCGCUCCCAAGACGCCGAGCGGGAGGCCGCAGAGAAAGUCCAGAAGUUGGAAAGGCUAGUGGAGGUCUUGAGGAAGAAGGUGGGGACGGGCAGUGUGAGGACAGUCAUCUGACCUGUCAUGCCUCAGUCUGUGAGGCUCCGGUGCUGCCAGAGAUGUACAUGGACUGACCCCAACCACACAACUAUCCAUCCAUCCAUCCAUCCAUCCCACCGCACCCGAGCCACCCACCCUCCCUCACACCCAGCUGGGCGGCCUGCCUGCCUCCCUGCCUCCCCGCCUGCCUGACUUGACUGACUGACCGAGCGGGCAGCCACAUCUGGUGACCAGGCAGUGGCGUUUAGCACUGGGUAAACACAGCCACAGCCUUGACUGGCCAAACAGUUGUUAGAAGUGGAGCACUCGCGCACACAAAAAAAGAGAGAGUCCCGUUCCAAACCCUGCUCCCAAGAGAGAGAAAGAGAGAGAGAGAGAGAGAGAGAGAGAGAGAGAGAGAGAGAGAGAGAGAGAGAGAGAGAGAGAGAGAGAGAGAGAGAGAGAGAGAGAGAGAGAGAGAGAGAGAGAGAGAGAGAGAGAGAGAGAGAGAAAAGUGUAGAAUUGUAAAUGUUUAACCACUUGGUUGUUACUGGUGUGGGGUACGGCUAUCUUCCUUCCAUUCCACUCAAAGCUUAAAAAAGACUCUUUUUUUUAUGAAAGUCACCGUAUUGAUUUGUAGUAUUACUGUUCAUGUUGAUGUGGAACUAUGAUCAGGACAAGGGAAAAAGACUUCUCCCACUGUUGUUAUGAGAGUACCAGCUCAGAUCACACGAUGUUGAGAGCAGGAUUCUUGUUUAGAAGGAAACUGGUGCUCUGUAAUCCUCUGUUAUUUUGCUGUUUAUUCUCUGUUUUUAAAAGAAACAAAAUCUUAUCAGUGUUUUAAAGCAUUCUUUGUAAUCCAGUAGGUCUAUAUUAGUUUCUUGUCUUUUUUUUCCUUCCCCAAACGUUAACCACCAACAGUAUGUGAAUGAAACCUGUAUUAUGUUAUGAAAUAAAAUCAUUAAAAUAGCACUGGAA